CCUAACCCAAAUUAAAUCAAAGCAUCAAACCCCACCGUUGAAGAAACACUUCUUUUUGGCCUCGUCAAAAUUCAAAACUUCAAAGACCAAAGACAAGAAAAAUCUGUCAAAACUUCCUUCUCCCCUCUCCCUUGAUUCUUCCGUGUCUUUACUAAAACAUUUAAAACCCAUAGAAUUCUUCAAGAGGAAGAAUAAUUGUCCACUUUUGUCCUUUUGUUUUUGGGUUCCUUCAUGGUCUGACCAGUCGUUUUAGUUUCUCUGAUCGGGUUUGGUCCCCAAUGUCGGACGAUAUGUUGCUACAUUUCUCUUCGAAUUCGUCAAACCAAUCAGACCAUUCUUUGCCCACCAAGAUUGCAAAGCUCGAAGCUCGCUUGGUAGGCAAGGCCUCUUCUGCAUCUGCUGCUCAGCAACCGCAACAACAACAGCAACAGCCGCCUUGGUCUUCUCUAUCAUCGGCUUCGAAAUUUGUUUCCGCUGAGGACUUGCCUGAGGCUUCUAGUUCUAGUGAUUCUGAUGAUGAGAAUGGAGGAGAGUUUUUAAUACUGGCCAAUACUCAAAAGCGGCGGAAGGUGCAAGGAGAUGAUAAUUUGCUAGUUCUUAAACAUGCUGAGGCAAUUUCUGAAGGGACGCAAAAGAUUGUGGAAGUUGUGGAUGUCAAGGCAAGUUCUGAUGGGAAUAGGAGAAAACAAGGCCGUGGAAGGGGCCAUUCUGUUUCAAACAGGGGCCGUGGGUCUAGGGCUAAUGAUCAGAUACGACAACAAACAUCUACGUCUAUAGUAACGGCGUCAAAUAGUCAACUUGAUAACUCAUAUCAUAAGGAUAAUAGGCUUAAAGAGCAGUUCCAGACUUAUGACCGCACUUCACUAGAGGAAGAGGUGACAUCUCUACAUUCUAAAGUUGCAGCACUGGAGGAGGACCUCCAGAAAUGUCGUCAAGAAGCUUCUGAUUAUCAGAAUCAUUGUCGGCUACUAGAAAAGGAAUUGAAAGAUAUUAAAGAUUAUGACCAGAAAAUGAAGCCAAAGAGGCAAAAAAUGAUCUCUGAUCUGUUGAUAGCUGUUUCAAAAGCCGAGCGACGGGAAGCUAGGAUGAAAGUGCGGCAGGAUUCCUUGAGACUUGGGAAUGUCGGUGUAAUCAGAGCUGGAACACUAAUAUCUGAGACGUGGGAGGAUGGGCAAGCACUGAAAGAUCUAAAUGCUCAUCUUAGACAAUUGUUGGAAGCUAAGGAGGCUGUUGAGCGACAGAGGAAACAAUUGAAGAAGCGACAAUCUGACAAGGGUGAUGCAACUGAUGCGGAAUCAGGUGUACAAGAAGAAGAUAUCCUCUUCCAGGAUGAGAUACACAAAUCACGUCUAGCAAGUAUUAAACGUGAGGAGGAAAGUAUUCUCCGUGAAAGAGAUCGCUAUGAACUAGAUAAGGGAAGGCUUAUACGUGAAAUGAAGCGCAUUAGAGAUGAGGAUGGUUCCCGUUUUAACAAUUUUCAAAUACUAAAUAAUCGAUAUGCCCUUUUAAACCUUCUUGGCAAAGGAGGAUUCAGUGAGGUUUAUAAGGCUUAUGACUUGGUAGAGCAUAGAUAUGUUGCAUGUAAGCUGCAUGGUCUGAAUGCUCAGUGGAGUGAGGAUAAGAAGCAAAGUUACAUACGGCAUGCAAUUCGAGAGUACUACAUUCACAAGACAUUGGUUCACCGUCACAUAGUUCGGCUUUGGGACAUUUUUGAGAUUGACCAUAAUACUUUCUGCACUGUCUUGGAGUACUGCAGCGGCAAAGAUCUCGAUGCUGUUUUGAAGGCAACACUGGUAUUACCUGAGAAAGAAGCUAGGAUUAUCAUAGUUCAAAUAUUUCAAGGCCUUGUAUGCUUGAAUAAAAGAGCACAGAAGAUUAUCCAUUAUGACCUGAAGCCUGGGAAUGUUCUCUUUGAUGAGUUAGGUGUAGCAAAAGUGACUGAUUUUGGUCUUAGCAAAAUAGUAGAGGAUGAUGUUGGAUCCCAGGGUAUGGAACUUACAUCCCAGGGAGCCGGAACAUACUGGUACUUGCCCCCAGAAUGCUUUGAGCUCAGCAAGAUACCUCUGAUUUCAUCGAAGGUGGAUGUUUGGUCUGCUGGUGUACUAUUUUACCAAAUGCUUUUUGGUAGGCGCCCCUUUGGGCAUGACCAAACUCAAGAACGAAUAUUGCGUGAGGACACAAUUAUCAAAGCACGCAAGGUUGAAUUCCCUUCAAGACCCUCUGUCUCUAAUGAGGCAAAGGUUAGUUCUGCCCAUCUUAGGAUUUGAUUCGCCGAUGUUUAACAUAUAACCAAGCUGAAAGGCCGGAUGUUUUGACAAUAGCACAGGAUCCAUAUCUUACAUAUUCAAAGAAGUAAAAAAUGUAGCACAGUCGCAGCAAACGGGCCCAAAAAUAGCAGGGGGAGAUAGAGAAUGUGUGAAUUUCUUUUGAAACAUCCACAAGGAAUUUUGUAUAGGUUGUAAAGGUUACCCUGCUUGUUUUGAGCUGGCAAAAUUAGUGUUUUUGUUUGUCCCUUUUGGUUUAAGUUCAAUUCAAUCCCUGUUUUAUGUAUGUUGUGCAUAUGACCAUUUCAUUUCUCUUGCUAAAAGAAUGUGUAAAAGAUAACAGCAUUUGCAAAUCUUUCCUUCCUCUAAGGUUUGGUUGGGAGACUUUUAUACAAAAAAAAGGUUCAAUUAAA